CGGUUCUCUCGACUUGACUGAGAUUCACGCAGGUGAUCUGCGGCUGAUGUAAGGAAUUACGCAUCACGGACUCGUCUGCCAGCUCGAACCUCGAUAAUUCAUUGUGCUGACACAACAUCUCAUCACUCCCCAAACUCCCCGAGAUGGCCCCGCAGACCCGAUCGACUGCGGAAUCUGCCCCUCUGCUGGGCACGGUUCUCGUCGUCGGCGGGAAUGGCUUCUUCGGAUUCCACCUCGUCCGCCACCUCUUGCGCGAUGAAGAAUGCGGAGCCGUCCACGUGCUCGACCGCGACAUUGACCGCAACCGUCACAGCGACGCCAUCUACACCCGGGGCAACAUCACCGACGCCCACGCCAUAGACGCACUGCUAAAGCAGACCCGGCCCCGCGUCAUCUUCCACGCCGCCUCGCCGCCGGCCUCGCUGCCAGCGCACCGCCUCAGCGAGUUCCACGAGACCAACGUCCGGGGGACGCAAACCCUCCUCGCCGCCGCCGCGACGAGCGACUCGGUGCAGGCCCUCGUGUACACCUCGACGAUCGACGCCUACGCCGACCCGCCGCACGUGGACGCCUCCGAGGACGACGACGGGCUGCUGCGCCUCUGGGGGCCCUCGGCGCGGACGACCGAGUACAACCGCACCAAGGCCGUGGCCGACCGGCUCGUCCUCGCCGCCGACGACGGUGAAGGAGGCGGGCGUCUGCGCACCGCGUCGCUGCGCCCGGGCCACAUGUACGGCGAGCGGUCGACGCAGGGCCUACCCGAGGUCGUGGGCAUGUGCGUCGGCGGCGGGCCGCUGUUCCAGGUCGGCGCGGGCGCGAACCUCGUCGAGGUCGCGUCGGCGGAUAACACCGCUGCGGCGCACGUCCUCGCCGCCAAGGCGCUGGUGGAUCGGGGCCGGGCGGGAGGGGAGGUGGGUGGGGAGGGGUUUACUGUCUCGGAUGGCCAUCCCGUGCCGUUCUGGUAUCACGUGCGGUCGAUAUGGAAGGCAGUCCGGGGAGAGGAGGGUGUCAAACGAGUCUGGGUCAUUCCGGCGUGGGUGAUGUUGGUGGUUGUUGUCUUUUUGGACUGGGCGUAUUGGAUCUUUACGCUUGGUAGACUCUGCCCGCCGACAGAAUUGUCGAUGCUGUCGUAUACGUAUGCUACGUGGUCGCAUACGUAUAGCAUUGAGAAAGCCCGGAAACGGCUGGGGUUCAAACCCAUUGCGAAUCACGAUGAGGUCGUUGUUCAGAUGGUGAAGUGGGAGCUGGAUCGUCGGGAGAAGCUGGAGAACGAUAACUUGAAGAAGAAGAGCUAGACUAAGCUUUUUCAAACACAACAGUCUCUCUUGAAGCCUUUUGUCGGCAGCAGCACGCUGGGGCGUCAGAAGUUUAUGGUGUAGCUCCUUGUCAAUCCACGUUACGGGGUCUGUUCGUCACAACGUACCACCAGAGGCAUGACUGGUGAGUCCAAGACAGCUUCAUGAAGGAAACCUUCGCUCCAAAGUACCUGCUAGACGAAACCAUCAACCUGAUCAAGAAGCACACAGACGACUGGCCGAUGGGAUGCGAGGAGGCGGAAUAGUAGAAGCUAGCCCU